UCUGGCGUGAAUGAUUCUGCAUCUGUCCCGGAUACACAAAGAUGAUAAAGGGAAACAAACGACAGAUGCCCUCCUGGGCCCAGUCCUCAGAACCCGGCACCCCAGGAGCGCGUAGUGCCAAAGACGAGCCGCAGGACGAGCCAGAUGUCAAGCCCGAUGUCAAGAGAGUCAAGACACAUUUGAGUGGAAAUCAUGGAAUGUACCAGGAUACCCGAACGGCUGCUAUCGACCUUUUGAAUAUCCUUCGAAAAUCUGUGACGAUGAGGUACGAAGAUGCGUACUUCCGGGUGCAAGAAAACAGUCCCGGGACAGACCCUACCAAAGCGCUCGAAAUUCUGAAGGGCCUGGAGCGUAUAGAAUUCAACGCUGGCAACCAGGUCUUCUCUUACAUCCCCGAGUUGACUUUGAUAACGGCAAGCGAGAUCCGGAACCACAUCCGUAUCCACUCCACACCCACCUCUGGCUUGUCGAUCAAAACACUGAAGGAAGCCAUGCCCAACGGCAUCGAACCUCUGAAAGACCUCGAGUCCCGCGGGGAUGUCAUGAUCAUGCGUGGUCUCGGAGCGAAUUACAAGGAUAUCCCGCUCCCGAGAUUGGGUAGGCUCAAUGUGAAUGGGGAGGAUUUGUUGGGCGGGCCGACAACGAGGUGGAAGAUGGUAUUCUGGGAUCAUUUGAAAGAAGCCGGGCGGGCGGGGAAGAGGGUGGAUGAUGAAUUCAUCUUCGCCUGGGCCGACGUUCCCAUCGCGGAAACAGACGACGUCACAAAGCUCCUCGCCGACCAGGAACUCUCAGCUUCAUCCCUUACACCAGCCGCCCCCAAGGCCGUAGCCGCCGCCCCAGUCAAAAAGAAGAAACGCAACACCCGCGCACUCAAGAUUACCAACACGCAUAUGAAGGAGCAGGGUAUCGACUUUUCGAAAGAUUAUGUCAAGGGUGCGUGAGCUAUGGGGAUGGGUGCUUUGGGAGAGGAGCUUGGGACAGCGUUUUGGUGUUGUUGGAUGGUAUCAUUUUGUAGAGUAUUGACCUGGCAUAGAAUCUGAAUUGUACGCAUGUACUUGUAGAUUGAACUUCAUCCUCUCCUGGAGAGCUAGGAGCGUUAGAUGUAGAGCUAUCGUGGACAGCCUGUUGCAGCUCUCAUGUUCAUACUCGAGCUGUAUCUGACCACGUGUUAAGUCUCUCUUUUUGCCCUCUUAACAAGAACCUGC